AUGGCCACCGAGAGCUUCGGAUUCCAGGCUGAGAUCAGCCAGCUCCUGGACCUGAUCAUCAACACCUUUUACUCUAACAAGGAGAUCUUCCUCCGUGAGCUCAUCUCCAACGCGUCCGAUGCCCUCGACAAGAUCCGUUAUGCCUCCCUCACCGACCCCUCUGUCCUUGACGCGGGCAAGGAUCUCGUCAUCCGCAUCGUCCCCGACAAGGAGAACAAGAUCCUCUCCAUUCGCGAUACCGGUAUCGGUAUGACUAAGGCCGACAUGGUCAACAACCUUGGUACCAUUGCCAAGUCGGGCACGAAGGGAUUCAUGGAAGCCUUGAGCUCCGGCGCCGACAUUUCCAUGAUCGGUCAAUUUGGUGUCGGUUUCUACUCUGCCUACCUCGUUGCCGAGCGUGUCCAGGUCAUCUCGAAGCACAACGACGACGAGCAGUACAUCUGGGAAUCGGCCGCUGGUGGCACCUUCACCAUCACCACCGACACUGUCAACCCUCCCCUUGGUCGCGGCUCUGAGAUCCGUCUCUACCUCAAGGAGGACCAACUUGAGUACCUUGAGGAGAAGAGGAUCAAGGAUAUCGUCAAGAAACACUCCGAGUUCAUCUCCUACCCCAUUCAGCUGGCGGUUGUAAAGGAGGAGGUUGAGGACGAUGAGGAAGAGGUCAAAGAGGACGAUGAGGACAAGCCCAAGAUCGAGGAAGUUGACGAUGAGGACAAGCCUAAGAAGACGAAGAAGAUCAAGGAGAAGGAGGUCCAGAACGAGGAGCUCAACAAAACGAAACCCAUUUGGACGCGUAACCCCUCUGACAUCACCGCGGAAGAGUACGGAGCUUUCUACAAGAGUUUGUCCAACGACUGGGAAGAGCAUCUUGCGGUCAAGCACUUCUCAGUUGAAGGUCAGCUUGAGUUCAAGGCUAUCUUGUACAUUCCCAAGCGUGCCCCCUUCGAUCUCUUCGAGACGAAGAAGAAGCGCAAUAACAUCAAGCUUUACGUUCGCCGCGUGUUCAUCAUGGACGACUGUGAGGACCUCAUCCCCGAAUACCUCAACUUCGUCAAGGGUAUCGUCGACUCUGAGGACUUGCCGCUUAACAUCUCUCGUGAGACCCUCCAGCAGAACAAGAUCCUCAAGGUCAUCCGCAAGAACAUUGUCAAGAAGUGCAUGGACCUCUUCACUGAGAUUGCCGAGGACAAGGACAACUUUGCGAAGUUCUACGAGGCCUUCGGCAAGAACAUGAAGCUCGGUAUCCACGAGGACUCGCAGAACCGCAGCAAGCUCGCCGAGUUCCUGCGCUUCUACUCGACGAAGUCCACGGAGGAGCAGACCUCGCUCAAGGACUACAUUACUCGUAUGCCCGAGGUGCAGAAGAACAUCUACUACCUCACGGGGGAGUCGCUAUCGUCUGUCAAGGACUCUCCGUUCCUGGAGGUUCUCAAGAAGAAGGGCUUCGAGGUCCUCCUGCUUGUCGACCCCAUCGAUGAGUACGCCAUCACCCAGCUGAAGGAGUUUGACGGCAAGAAGCUUGUCUGUGUCUCGAAAGAGGGUCUGGAGUUGGAGGAGACCGACGAGGAGAAGCAAGCUCGUGAGGAGGAGGCCAAGCAGUUCGAGGAGCUGUGCAAGACAGUUAAGGACGCACUUGGCGACAAGGUGGAGAAGGUCGUCGUCUCGAACCGUAUCUCCGACUCGCCAUGUGUUCUCGUCACUGGUCAGUUCGGAUGGUCGUCCAACAUGGAGCGUAUCAUGAAGGCGCAGGCACUCCGUGACUCGUCGAUGUCGUCGUAUAUGGCGUCGAAGAAGACGCUCGAGCUGAACCCGCACAACGCGAUCGUCAAGGAGCUGAAGAAGAAGGUCGCAGAGGACAAGGCCGACAAGUCUGUCCGAGACCUGACGUACCUGCUCUUCGAGACCGCGCUGCUCACUUCUGGAUUCUCGCUGGACGACCCUACGUCGUUCGCGAAGCGCAUCCACCGUAUGAUCUCACUCGGCCUCGACGUCGACGAGGAGGAGGCGGCGCCGGAAGCGUCGGCCGGCGACUCCGCUGUUGUCGAGGAGGUUGCGUCAACGUCGGCGAUGGAGGAGAUUGACUAG